AUGCCGAGCUCUUCAUCUAAACAGUCAGGCGAGACGCCUUUGUCCCUGCCAAACCAGGGAGCUUUUGCCGCUCAGACUGAGCGCUCCUCAACUCCCCAUACACAGAUAACCACAGUCCCUACCAUACUGGGACCACAUAUUGGAAUGGAGAAGUUUCACCGUGAUAUUUUGUCCGUUCACCAAGCUGAGGGUCUUGUGAUGGAGGAGGCCCGGAGACGAAGCAUGAUUCAGUGCGAACAUCAGCGCGAUCACCCUGCUACCACCACUCUAGUCAUGACUGGUACCGAUAUCCCCUGA